AAAAGCGUUUUAGCGUUUUGGUCGACCAACGUCCCCGUUUUAAAAUAAGAAAAAGAUUUGUAGCAUUUUUUUGUCAGAAUGUCGUUACAUUUUCAGCGGGGAAACUGCUAAGAGUAAACAACAAGAUAACGUUCAGUUUGCAUCCAGAUUAAACGGUAAAUUAAGUACAUCAAAGAUCCAUUAUAACGUGAAUUGUGUACCUUACGGAGUAGCGAUAGUAAAUACACGUUACAUUUACUCUGUUUUGUAAAAAAUGACUUCAAAUAAAGAAGGUUUUAGCUCAGAAUUUGCCGUAAAACUGCUUGAAAAACAUUUCACCGACCAGAAUUCUACAAAAAUCUCUACUAAAGACGGCACUGGGCGAAAAUGUGCCGAACUUUUAUCUGUUUUUGUUGCUGAAGCCGCUUCGCGAGCUGCUAAACAAGCAGAAAAUGAAGACGCUGCAAUUUGCGAAAUUGAACAUGUGGAAAAAAUUCUGCCGCAAUUAUUACUUGACUUUUAACUUUUCUAUUAUUUGUCUGAGCACGAAGCAGUACGCUACAGAACGGCUUUAUUAAUACGAUUUAGUGUAAAACUUUCUUUUUAAAACUUUUUAUUUCUUUAUACUUCCAUGGCUUUAAUUAUGCCUCGGUGCAUCUUCCAUCAAGGGUAACUGGCUUUUUCUUUCAAUCUUCAUUUGUGUAGCAUUUGGUAAACCCAUGUUUGCCAAGACAACAUCAGACCAUAAUAUAUUUGACUAGUGUAUCUAACAAAAUAUUAUUGUAACAGAAAACUGAGUUCUUAACUACAUGCAAGAUGCACUUUUUAUUCAAUUUAACAAGUAGCAAAAAUCUCAUUCGGUUUCAAUGUCUGCUGCAGCUUUUCUUUGAACCGUUUUGCCCAUAGACUCCUUAAAAAAAGGGAGUCUAUGGUCUUGGAGUUAGAAAUGGAAAAAGUUCCUAAUUAGGUUACUUCUCUCUAUGUUCACAGGUAUUGUAGUAUCUUCUCAUUUUACAAGGUCUAAUUACUGUUCUCUUUUUAAAGGACAAUCUUUUACACACAGUAUUCAAACUAAAAUGAGUAAAUCGAAAAUUAACAUUCUGCAAACUGGAUACUGUUUAGACUGCCCAACAGACAAGUCAAAAUUCACAGCAGAUUGUACAGUUACUCUCAUAGAGAAUGAAAAUAGUUCUCCUAUAUUGGUAGACACAAGUGGGCCAUGGGCUUCUGAAAAGCUUAAAAGUGACAUACAUGGAGCUGGGUAUACCCUUGAUGAUAUUAAAACUGUGGUAUGCACACAUGGGCACUCUGAUCAUAUUGGAAACUUAAAUUUAUUUCCAAAAGCAAAGUUUUUCGUAGGGUUUGAUAUAUUUUGCAGGAAUGUUUACGAAACUUUUGAUUUUAAAUCCUCAUCUGCGAAGUAUGUAGUUAGAGAUGACAUUGAAAUUAUAGCAACUCCUGGACACACUAACGCAGAUAUUUCAGUAAUUGUAAAAAAUACUGAACUUGGUACAGUUGUUAUUGCUGGCGAUACUUUUGAAAAUGAUAAAGAUUAUUUGAAUGCUGGCUCAGUUUGGAAAUCCCUGAGUGAAAAUAUUGAACAACAAGAAAUUAGCAGAGACAAAAUACUCUCUAUAGCUGACUAUAUAGUACCUGGACAUGGUAAAAUGUUUAGUGUAUCAGUGUAUAAAAAUGAAGCAUGUAAUCACUAACAGUUUUUUAUCAAUUCAAAUCUCAUUGUUUUCCAUCAGUAAUUUUGGCAGCUUUAAACUGUUUAAGUGCAAUACAAUACAUAUUACUUACUUUCUGUGUUUAUACAACAUAGUAUUUUCCAGUGGUACUGCCAGAAAAGCUGGAGCUUUANCUGA